CCCCUCCGUCCUCCGCCUUUUGUUCCUCCAGGAGCCAGGAGGCCCGCGUCAUCCGGCGGGCGGAGGCUCUGGAGGAGAGAGGCCGGCCGAGGAGCUCCCCCAGACGGCUGAGGAACCAGGAGGGAGGAGGAGGAGGGAAGAAGGGGAUUCAUAGCCCGAGCAGCAGCCGAGGCCGUUUGGAGGGAGUGGCUGCCCUUCCCUUCCCUUCUAUGAGCCUCUUCUGGGUCUGUUCCGCUGGACAUGAGGAAGGGCGGCGGCGGCGGAGGCAUCUCCCUCUGAGGCGCCUUCUGCUCUCCUUCUGAGGGGAUGGCGGCGGCGCUGGCCGAAGGGGAGCCCAGCCGGCCCCCGGCCUCCCUCCCAGUCCCUCCGCCUCCUCCUCCGAGGCCUGAGGCGGCGAAGAAGAAGAAGCUCCACCGGGCUCCGUCCCCAGCCAGGCCCAAAGAUGUCCCCAGCGGGUGGUCGCUGGCCAAGAGCCGUCGAGGCGUGGGCUCCCUGGGCGGCUCCUUCUCCUCCUCUUCUUCGGGCAAAAUGGGCUCCUCGGGGGCGGCGAGGCGGGUGGCGGGGCUGGGCGCCGAGAAGAAGGGCAAGGCGGCCUCCGGGGUGGCGAAGGGGAGCAAGGGCAAAGGGAGGAGUAGGCCGGGGGUGGCGGGGGAGCCCUCCUCCUCCUCCUCCUCGAGGCGCCCCUCAGCGCCGCCUCAAGCCCUGAGCCUGACUGACAGUAGCUCCGAGGUCUCCGACUGCAGCGCCUCCGAGGAGGCCCGGCUGGCGGAGAUGGCAGGGAGGCCUCAGGCGGGGGACUGCGAGGAGGGCGACUACGAGGAGCAGGACGAGGACGAGGAGGACCCCUCGACGGCCGCCACCGCCGCCGCCUUGGCCUCCUCCUCCUCGCUGGCCAGCAGCAGCCGCCUCCCGCUCAGCGCCUCCAUGGCCUUCUCGGACCUCACCGAGGAGAUGCUCGACGCCGGCGUCGCCAGGGAACUCGAGGAGCUGCGCGCAGAGAACGACUAUCUCAAGGAUGAGAUUGAAGAACUACGUGCUGAGAUGCUGGAGAUGAGAGAUGUCUAUAUGGAGGAAGAUGUCUACCAGCUGCAGGAGCUCCGGCAGCAACUGGAUCAGGCCAGUAAGACCUGCCGCAUCUUGCAGUAUCGUCUCCGUAAGGCAGAGCGGCGCAGCCUCCGUGUAGCACAGACUGGCCAGGUGGAUGGAGAACUCAUCCACAGCCUUGAACAAGAUGUCAAGGUAGCCAAAGAUGUCUCUGUGCGGCUCCAUAAUGAACUUGAGGCAGUGGAGAAAAAACGGAUUAAACUGGAGGAGGAGAAUGAGGACCUGCGCCAACGACUCAUUGAGAGUGAGUUGGCUAAGCAGGUGCUGCAGAAUGAAAUGGACAAGCUGAGAGAGAAUUCUUUGAAGAAAAGAGGAUCACGUUCCCUUGGGAAGGCAGACAAAAAGCCACCCACCCAGGAGGACAAUGCAGACCUCAAGUGUCAAUUGCAUUUUGCAAAGGAGGAGUCUGCUCUGAUGUGCAAGAAGCUGACAAAGUUAGCCAAAGAAAAUGACAGUAUGAAGGAGGAGCUGACAAAAUAUCGUUCCUUGUAUGGGGACCUGGAAAGCUCACUCUCCACAGAGGAGCUGGCUGAUUCCCCUCAUUCUCGAGAAGCAGAACUGAAGGUCCAUCUGAAACUUGUCGAAGAAGAAGCCAACAUUUUGAGCCGAAGGAUAGUGGAGCUUGAAGUUGAAAACCGAGGGCUAAGGGCAGAGAUGGACGACAUGAAGGGGCAAGGAGACAAAGAACUGUUAGGCCAGGACAUCCAGUUUGCCUUUUCCAUGACAAAUUGUGGGGAAUCUGGGGAGAGUGUGGUUGAGCUCAGACGGCACUUGCAGUUUGUGGAGGAGGAGGCAGAUCUGUUGAGGCGCUCACUGAUGGAGCUAGAAGACCAGAACAAGCUCCUCAUGAAUGAGCUUAAUAAGUACAAGUCAGACCAUGACUUAGACAUUACUCUGUCUGAGGACAGCUGCUCAGUGAUCAGUGAGACCUCACAAGAAGAACUGGCUACUGCCAAAGUCCAAAUCAGUGAGCUAAGUGGUAAGGUCAAGAAGCUGCAAUAUGAAAACCGUGUCCUGCUCUCUAACCUGCAGCGCUGUGACCUUGCCUCUUGUCAGACCACUCGGCCCAUGCUGGAGACAGAUGCUGAGGCAGGUGACUCAGCCCAGUGCAUCCCAACCUCACUUUGGAGAGAGAUGCCUAUUGGGGGAGAGCAUGAUGCUAAGGAGAGAGCGCCUGGGAAUGGGUUCAGCAAGUCUCAUGAAAGCAGCCCCACCCGGUUUCAUCACUCCAAGGAUGUUGAGACCCUCCUUGACAUCAGGGACCAGGCUGCUCUUGUUAGCAAAGCCAUCGAUGUCUUGAUUUCUGAUGCCAACGGUUUUACCUCUAGCCUCAAGCUGUGCAUGGACAACGAUUGUUCAGAGCUAGUGUUGGGCGAGGCCAUGGAUAAUGAAAGUACCACUGAUUCUAAGCUGAUCAGUGCCAUUUUGAUGCGGCUUGGAGUCCUUCAGCAGGAGCUAAACACCUUUAUGAGGAAGGUGGACCAUAUUGGAGGCUACAUGAAAGACCAGAAAGAUUCCCAGCCAAGCUCCAGCUCCCAGGAUUCCAUGAAGGAAACUCUACGGAAAGGGCAUGGCUCUGAAAUCCAGCAGUCUGAAUUUAGGGAGACCCCGGAUUGGGAUGUCGGGGAGAGCAGGCCCUCGGAUCUGUACCGCAGUAGCAACAGUGCCAACGCCACCAUCAUUGAUGUGGAUCCCAACAUGGAGUUUGACCGAAGCUACAAGUCAUAUCAACCAGAUGAGAAGGACUCUUAUGUGUCUGAGAUCAAGGAAUUGCAACUGGUCCUUUCAGAGGCUAAUGAGAGCUUGAGGGGGCUACAGGAACAGCUCUCCCAGGAGAGGCAGCUGAGGAAAGAGGAAGCAGAGAACUUCACCCAGAAAAUUUGCCAGCUGAAGGAAGAUCACCAAAAAGCUCUCCUGAGGCGAGAAUUUGAGCUGCAGAGCUUAAAUCUUCAGAGGAGGCUAGAGCAAAAGUUCUGGAGCCAAGAGAAAAAUCUUCUGGUACAGGAAUCCCAACAAUUUAAGCAGAACUUCUUACUUCUUUUCAUGAAGCUGAAGUGGUUUCUGAAGCAUUGGCGGCAGGGGAAGAUCCUACAGAAUGAAGGCAAUGACUUCUUGGAGGUGAACAGCAUGAAAGAACUCUACCUGCUGAUCGAAGAGGAGGAGAUGAACCCCCAACAGCAAGCAGAUAACAAGAUAAGCACUAGAGACACCUCGUCUCAGAACACGCCCAAUGAAUAUAUUAAGACUCUGUCAGAUAUGAAGGUAAUCUUGAAGGAGCUCUGCACAGAGCUGCGAGAAGAAAGGAGAGGAAUGAAUGAGUUGCAACAGCAGUUUGCCAAGGCCAAGGCGACCUGGGAGAUGGAGAAAACUGAGCUUAAGUGUCUUAUUACACAGCUGGAAUCUAAGACUGGGAAAGGCCUUACAGAGCGAGCACUCUCUGACUGGAAAACAGCUCUGAAGAGGGAACGAGAGGAGCAUCAGCACCUCCUGGCUGAGUCAUACAGUGCUGUCAUGGACCUAACGAAACAGCUGCAGAUAAGUGAGAAGAACUGGGACCAGGAAAAGCUAGAGCUCCUGGGUCGUUUCAAGGAUGAACAACAGCAAGCAGAGCAGCAAGUGCGGGAGCUGCAAAACAAAAUCAACCAGCUGCAGAAGGGAACUGACCGAUGGGCUCUGAAAAACUCUGAAAUGGAGAAGCAUGGUAGUAGCUGGAAAGAGACCCUCAAUGAGAAAAUCACUGACAAAGAAACUGUUUCUGAAGUGGACAUGAAAGCAAGCAGCUUAAAACGGACAAAGUCAGUUUCCUCAAUGUCUGAAUUCGAAAGCUUGCUUGAGUGUUCGCCUUACCUUCCUGGCAAAACCAGUCCUGAUAAUGGUCGGAGCAAGAAGGGGCCUACUGCUACACAGGUGUUGCCUGCCACUUUAAAGGACUCUACAGGGCUCACCCCCCAAAACUGUGCCUAUGCGAACAGUGAACGACUUCCCUCUGAGACCCUGACCACAGAGAAGCUGGAUGUCUCAGCAUGUGAUUGCACUCAGACAAGCAGCUUCUCUUUCCAGGACCAGACUCAAAAGCAUAUGCAGAGGAGCUAUACAGCCCCAGACAAGACUGGGAUUCGCAUAUACUAUAGUCCCCCAGUGGUUCGCAGACUGGAACCACCCCUGGUCCAUAAUAGAGAGGGGAAGACAAUGGUUGAGCCUGGUUUCCUGUUCACAAUGGCCAAGCCCAAAGAAGAGUCAGAUAACUCAGAGAGCAUAUACAGCCAGUGGCUUUGCAACUUCUCCAAGCAACACCGCGAGCUGCUGGAUAGUGGUACUGUGAGUGAGAAAGUGGUGCCUCCUGUCCCCAGAUUGCCACCCUCCUUGCAUGACCUUGAAAUCUCUGGCAAUAUGAGUGAUGACAUGAAGGAGAUCACCAACUGUGUUCGGCAAGCUAUCCGCUCCAGCUCUCUGGAGAGGAAGAUUAAGAGCACUUCUAGCCAGACUGUGGGGUUAACCAGCGUUGGUACCCAAACUAUCCAGACUGUUAGCAUUGGUUUGCAGACAGACAUGCCCAGAGGCAGCAUCCACAGCAGCAAGAGUUGGUCCCCACGAAGUUCUUCCCUUAUGUCUGUACGCAGCAAGCAGAUCUCUACGUCUUUAGACAAAGUCCACUCUAGGAUUGAACGGCCUUGUUGCUCCCCCAAGUAUGGUUCCCCCAAACUCCAAAGAAGAUCAUCUUCUAAGCUGGACAACUCCAAAGACCGAAGUCUUUGGAACCUCCAUCAGAGUAAGCAAAAUGGGUCUGCUUGGGCUCGGUCCACCACAACCAGAGACAGUCCAGUUCUCAGCAACAUCAAUGAUGGCCUGUCCAGCUUAUUCAAUGUGGUAGAACAUUCUGGGAGCACUGAGUCCAUUUGGAAGCCAGGAUGUCAGGAAAGCAAAGCAAAGCCAGAAGCUCCUAAGUAUGGAAUUGUCCAAGAGUUUUUCCGAAAUGUGUGUGGAAGAACUCAAAGCCCCACUUUGGCUCUUGAGAAGAAAGACCUAGUUGGUGUAGACAACAGCAGCAAAAAAUCAGAUAAUUCAUCCACAGCUGUGCCCCAGCAGUUUGAAAACACCUCCAAGGUCCUUGACAAAAAACCCUUGAAGCAGAGCUGCAGUGAAGAACCAAAGCUGUCAAUUCCAAACCAAGGUGGCAAGGACAGAGCCUUAAAAGAGCCAGACAUCAUCUCUGCUGCUAUUGCCAAUGAGGAUGUUGCCUGUGACUGCAGCUCCCAGUCACUGACCUCCUGCUUUGCUCGGCCAUCACGGUCUGCUGUCCGCCACUCCCCUUCCAAAUGCAAGUUGCACCCCUCUGAUGGCAGCCGGAUGGAAGAAAAAGCAGGGUCCCCAAGUGAGUGAAAAGUGGCUACACUUAACUGCUGUCCUGAUGGAAGAACAACUCUGCCCUGGAGCCUCCAGUCCCUUCAGCACCUACAAGACUGGCUGUAUCUGAGCCCAUCCCAGCUGAGGGGCUCUGCUCUUAGAUACUCAGAGCAGUACCGUGCAGCAGCUCUGGUCUUAUCUUAGCUCAGCAAGGAUAGCUACAACACAGAGGCUGUGCUGUGUAGCUAGGGGACAGAAUGGGAGUCUUGUUAUGGAGGUAUGGUUUCUUUUCACUGGAAACCUUUCUGUCCUUUUGCCCACCUUCUGUGGGAACAUGAUCUCCAAGAGCUGCCAGAGUCUAGUGAAGUGGUCUGUGCUGUUUUCAUAGCAUUGGGUGUGUGCGCACGCAUAUAUGUGUGUGUGUGUAUGUGUGUUUUGCAGUAUGAGGAGGAGCAUCUCUCCUUUGUAAUAGGUAUCACAGAGGCAUUGGGAAAUGCUGUGAAGUUGCUUGGCCAUGCCCUCCUGCUUUGGUCUGAAGGAAAGGAAAACACCAGUGAGCUUGUUCCAGAUCCUUAAAGACCCCUGAACAACAGUUUUACUCAAUGAUUGCCCAUUGCCCAGUUAGGCUCUCACUCUGUUGUACAUAGAGAAGGAGGGAGAAAGGAUUGGGGAGGGAGGGUGUUACCAAAUCUUUGUUAAGGAAAUAAUACCGUAACAUGUGCUCCCUAGGCAGUUUUGUACAAGUCAGUUGGAAACAGAUGAUUUUGACUUGUAACCACAUUUGCAUGGAUAGUUUUCCACUGAUGUCCCCAGCUUGUGGGGCCACUACUCUGUGCUUACAUACUGUCUCAUUGUAUAGGCCUGUGGGAGUGAUAGCAUCAGUUGUGUCAGCUCUUGAUAAAACAAGGUCACUGUAUUGCAUUAGAAUUUCUACCAGUCAACUGCAGGAGGCAAAGCAAUGCCUGCAUGGCCUGUGUUGUCUUCCUAUCCACUUUCAUCAAACUUCCCAUUGUUACCAAAAGGCUUAAAUAGAGCUGGUGUUCCCUUUUUAGGGCACUGAUGUCAUCUUCAUAACUUGGAACAAUUACUGCUUUGUUGCGUCAGGGCAUGGUACAGUUGAACUCAGGGAGUUCACAGAGUGGGAAUGAAAAAUCCUUCAUGUUAGUCUCAUUUUCACUUCUCCCUGGCCUCCACACAGCCAGUAACCAGAGCUAAGGUUAAGGAGAAUUACAUCUAUUGUUUUAUUUACUGGGAACCUCAGAAACAUUGUGACCAACUGAUUGAGAAUGAUUGAGAAUGAUUACUUUUAGGGGGAAAUGGCUACUGGCUACUGUGAAGAAUCACAGGUCCAGAGCUUUUCAAAAUCCUAGCCAGCAUAUUCAGUGGCUCUGGAGUAAAAAUAUCAGGGAGAUAAUGAAUAGGUAGAAGAGGUGCUACCUUUCUAGUGCUGGACAUUCCAGAUUCUUGGAAGAUUUGUAUGCCAAGCUUCACAUCUCAGAGCAGCUUCUCCCAUGUCAUGCUCUCUUGUUGCAGUCUGUGCUCUGAUAAUUCCAGUCAGUCAACACAGUUGUCUGUUGAGUUGGUGACCCUUCAGCUCCCAGUGUUAUGGCACUGUCUGCUCAUAUGGACAAUUUUCAGAACAUGUGCAAAAGUACCUGUCUAUUCACUGAAAAUUUCUUCUUGUGUUGCCAGGGAAAUUAGCAAGUUAGGAGAUCUAGGCAGUGAUGGUCAAAGUUACUGAGAACUGCAAUUCCCAUGUAGCUCUAACCAACAUAGCCAAUAGUGUGAGGAAUUAUGGGAGCUGCAGUCUAGAAACAUCUGGAAGGAUAUACUCUGCCCACCCCUAAUUUAGAUAAUGCUGGCUCACCUACAGAGAACGACAAGAAGUCAUCUGGUCAAAUGAACAUCACACACUGCCUAUUGUGCAUAUUUCCAUCAUUAGGUAGAGCACAAAUCAGAUUAUACACUAGCUUCUUUGGAAGAAGCUUUCAAAGAGAGGUAGUCCUCUUUGGACUGUACUAUUUCAGAAUACAGUGUGGAGAUCAGAAAUUUAAACAUUUCUCCAUGCUUGCUUGCUUGUUUUCUUAAAUUAGUACCCCACCCCACCCCAUCCCAAUGUACAAAAGUUUUUACAUCAGGCUGAGGGAUUUCAAGUCCAGGGACUGAAUCUGGCACUCCUUGGGUCCUGCAGAUGGUCAUUUUAUCUUCCCAUGAUACCAUCUUUGGAAGGGUUCCCAGCUUUUGUACCAUUCUAAGUCUCCUAAGAAUUAGAUUAUUCAGUGAGAACUUUAAGCUAAAAGAUACUGGUAUUUUUGGUUCCACCCUUUGGCCUGUCCUGUACUGGAAGGCAGCCCCUGAAAACUUCUUUGAAAUUGAAUUUGGCUCUCAGAUCCCCACCUCUACUCCCCUUCAAGGAGAAGUCUAGACUUUAGCACUCUCCCUGAUAUUUCUACUUUUAGAAAUCAGAGAGUCUGUAUCACACAAUUUCAUUUGCAUUCUUAACUGGUAUGAGCAGUAUAAAACAUGGAUUUCUUUUUUUUUUUAAUGUGCACACCAGUCCUAAGAGGAUCAGGGAGGAACAUUCUUGAGUAAAGAUGUGGUAGAAAUUCACUGAUAUAAAUAUAAAAGAUUCAGAUGGCAUUGCUACUACAAUACAGUUUGUCAUCAUCAUGUCUACAGUUAGGAUUUAUAGAAUCAUAGAGUUGGAAGGGACUACAAGAGUCAUAUAGUUCAAUCCCUGCCAUGCAGGAUUACAUAACUUAGCUACUCCCGAGAGAUAGCUAUCUAGCUUCUGUUUAAUGACUUCCAAAGGAGUGUCCACCACCCUCUGAGGCAGUCUAUCGCACUGUCAGACAGUUCUUACAGUCAAGAAAUUCUUCCUAAUGUUUAAGUGGAGUCUCUGGGCAUACCAAGGUCUCUUAGGUGUUCCUAAUAUAGCUUGAUUUUGAGACCUUUUAUCAGGUUGGUCGCCCUCUUCUGGGCAUGUUCCAUCUUGUCAAGAUCCUUCUUGGCUUGUAAUGCAAAGAGCUGUAUGUAGUAUUUGAGGUUAGGUCUGGCCAAAGCAGAACAAAGUGGUAGUACUACUAUCCUUAGCCUGGAUACUAUACUUAUUUUGAUACAGUCUAGAAUUGAAUGGAUUUUUGGAGCUGCCCCAUCAAACCAUUCACUCAUGUUUAGUUUAUGGUUUACCCCUAAAUUCUUUUCAUUCAUUUUGUUGUUAAGCCAGAUGUUAUCCUAUGUUUGUGCAUUUCAUUUUCUCUGCUAAACUUACUGCUGUUGAAAUUAGAUUUGUCAGUUUUGCCCCAGCAUUCCAAUCUGUUAAAGCUUUUUGAAUUCUCAUUCUGUUCUCUGGAGUAUUAGCUGCCUCUUCAUUAAUUUGGAAUCGUUUGAAUUUACUUUGUCCUGGCCUCCUUGAGUACUGAUAUCACAGUAAAACUUUGCAAAGCCUUGAAAUAAACAUGGAGGCAGAAUUUCUAAAGUUUAUAUACUGCUGCAGUGAACAGUCUUCUUCUUGACUGUCUCCCUUCUGUUAGUUUUGCCUGAUCUUCAGUACACUGUUGAAUUUAUGUCUCAGAAAUUGUAAUUUGAAUUUCUUAUUAAUGUGAGAUAGUUUUGGUCAUUUGAGUCAUAUAAUUUAGGAGUUUCCACCUCAGUGAAUUAACUUAAUAAUUAAUACUGUUGCAGUUAAAAUGUUUGAGAUGUCCUGUUAAUGAAAAUCACAACUCACCACCAAGAAAAUUAUCUGACUUUUUUUUGCAAACUUUGUGACAUUCUUAUUGUUAAAAAGAUCAUACAAUUAAAAGAGAAACUGAAAUUCUCCAGCAAGCUAUGCCAAAUUUUGCAACAUAUGAAUUAAGUGAAAUUUAUAUGCUUAUUUUACCUAGUUUAUUUUGUAAUUUCUAGUCUUUGAGAGGAGCAAAGAACAGGCAAAACACUUGAUGUAUUCAUGUAUGCUGGCAUCCGAAGAUCCAGCCCCUACUCACCUGAUUUUUAAUACAUCUUCAAACAUAUAUUCAUUUUUAUGUCUGGAAGCUAUUUGGAAAAUUUAUUUGCAUUCCUGGAAAAAAAUGCUGCUUUUUAUUACAUAACAGUCAAGCACUGGGCUUUGAAUAUUCAUUUUAUCUCUAGCCAUAUUAAACCCAAAAUGGAAGUACAAAGAAUUGGGGGUUGAAGCAUUUUGUGGUCUAGAGCAGCUUCCUUCAACCUAAUGCCGUCCAAAUAUGUUGGGUUACAAUUCCCAUUAUGGCCAUUGGCUACGCUGGCUCUGGAUGCUGAACAUUGUACUCCAACUUGUCUGUAGGUUGCCAGGUUGGAGAAGGGUGUGGUAGAGCCCCCCCCAUCCCCCAAUAGCUAGAAGAAUGAAAUUGUUGUAUUUCUCACUACUACCACUGGGACAUUGCUAAUACUACUUAAGAAGAACACAUAGGAAAUACUGUAUGUUCCAUCUUCUUUAGACCUCUUCUUCAAUUUUCUACAGUGUUCAGUUCUGUCAUUUCUUUACAAAAAUAUUAACAGAGACUAAGAAGCUGUUCAUAAAAUCAUAUAUGACUGAUUUUUCUGGACAGAGGAGGCUCUUGGCACCAAUAUCAGCAGUGAUGGAUCUGAUGUAAAUUUUAGUUGAACUUUGAAGCUGCUAUCCUAGGUGUUGACUCAUUGACAUUGGAACCACCAGUCUUCACUGCCUCUGGGUCUGUAUGAGGGAUUUCCUUGCAUAUUGUUCUCUUGACAAGUAACAGGCAACUGCUCCUCUUGUGGCCUCUCAUGUUCUCCAGUGCAUGUCCAUUACAUUCCUGUUUCCAACCAAAGCCCCAUGUUGCCAUUUCUAACAAGGAAAAUUAUUUAGGAGAUGUAUUUCUUCAAAGAUAAUACACCCACAUUGCUUAAUUCUGAGCAGGCAUGCAUAGGAUUCCAGCUGAAGAGGCAUGGAAAAAGACAUGGGGAAAUCUGACAUUUUUGUGCCUAUAGCAUUUUCAGCCCAGAUUUCUCUGACCAGAAUUAAAAAUAAGCAGAUUGGGUCAGGUGAUAUCCCCACCAUGCCUGCUUUAGCUUGUUUAUUAUUUAUUAUUAGCUAUAUUUAUAUCUUGCCUUUCUUCCAGUGAGCUGAAAACAGCAUGCGUGGCUCUCUUCCUGCACCCCCAUUCUCACAACAGCUCUGUGAAGUGGGUCAAAUUAGCCCAGGGUCAUAACAGGACUCUCAGAUAUUUUUAGAAUGGAUUUUCUGGGGCCCCUUUGCAUAGCUUUUGUCAGACACUUAGAAGGUUUUACAAAACAAAACCCACACUACAGGUGAUCAAGUUAAUUGAACUCUACUACUACUCCUUUAGAAUUUAGCUAGCCCAUGGAGUUAAGGUGAAGCCUUGUGGUUGCUAAUUGAAAACAUCUCUCCCCCCCUCCCCUCCCUAUUUUGAUGCAGUAAAAGGCAUUGUUGAGACCAAGGAGUGGACUAAUCAUUCUAAUUUUAGAUCCUUGAUUACCUUUCAAAGAGGUUUCCUUAAAUACUUAAAUACUGAUACUAUAUUUGAAGGUAGGGAGGCAGGUAUCUGAGAUAAAAAUACUCCCUAGAUUAUGGGAUUGCAGGUACAGCUGCAGCUGGUGCUGUCCUUGUAUGACAGUCUGUGGCUGUGCUUGUUGUAUUUGCAUGAGAGCACGGUAGAAACUGAAAACUGAAGGAGUUGCAGAACCUUAUGAACCAAAACUACUAAUUGCCUUCAGACUAUCAUCAAUAAAAUCAGUAUCGCUUUUAGUGGAUAUGGGUAGUUAUGCAAAUAAACAUGCUUUGUUUAAUACAGAAAAGAAAGAAGCCAGCAUCAUAUUUCCAGGAUUCUUUUAAGAGUGAGUUCCUUUGUUACUUUCAUUGCUUUUGCUGGUGAAAGCCCACAUGCCUCUCAUAUCCAUAAAUUGACUGCAGAGAAUUGGAAACCUAGGCAUUAUUCCUCCUACAGGCAAGCACAUUUAAAGAGACGUAGCUGAUUCUUGAUGAUGUGUUGAAAGUUGAAACCAGAAUAAUGUACAACCAAUGGGAAACAAUGGGUUAAAGACAUGGGGAAUUAAAUCAGAUAGAAGCUGCAGCAAGCACAUGGCAAUCUCAUGGUCUCAAGACUGCUGUGGGACUCAUGCUACUGGGCAUAAGCAUUCAGGAUAAUAGUCUCACAAGAUACUCUUUGCAUCUUGUUUAGCUUUAAUCCCAGUGAACUGCAGCAAAUUGUCCUUAAGUAACUGAGCUGUUCCAAUUUGACAAGCCAGAAAAAUAUGUACAAAUAUCCCAUCUGUGGCCCCGUAUUCAGUCUAUACCCACUGUGUGAGUGUUUCAGUUGCCACUAGCAAACAAGUGGCUUGUAGCAACUAGGCUGCACUUCCACCACCAAGCGCCUUACUUUGCCAGGGAAACAGAGAUAUGCUCUGUCUAGCCCUUCUUCCUGUCAUCUGCCAUGUACAUAAUUGGGCAGAGGCUGGGCUUGCUCUCAUUGGAAGAACAGAAUGCAAAACAGAUCCUGGCAGCUUAAAUGUUCCCCAGCUCUGGGCUGGACAGCUUUCCUGGGUCAGCCCCUUUCUAUUUCUUGCAUGAGCUUGUAAAACAGGGUGGGCAGGGAUUGGGGGAUAAACAUGUUUGCUAACUCUUGAUGUAAAUACCUCCUUUUGGGAUUGUUUUUAGCAUUUUCAUUGGGAACUUUUUUUAGAGUCUUUUACAUUUGGAUUGUGUGAGGGGUUUUUUUUCAUUGUUACAAAUGCCUUUUAAUUAUUUGUAUAUUCUUAAAGUUUGUCUUACUCUGUAAAUAACUAUGUUGGAUAUUUCUGCGUAUGGCGUUAAUGAGACAUUUUAUUAUUAACAAAUAGCAGUGUUAUGCCUUUGGCAAGGUUUCCUACAGCAUCCUCUUUGCCAAUAAUGCUCCAAUCCUCAGGAGAUCUCAGCACGUGCAACAGUUGAGUUUUACCUUGGCAGAGUUGGUUGAAGGCUUGGGACUGAGCACAUUAUGAGAAGGACUUGCACAGCCUACAGAUUUUUCACAAAAUGCUUUGGAAGAUCAGGCUCUGAAAAAAAAAGAAGGCUGUGUUGCGCAUUGUCCCCACAGGGCUGGCUAUUCUAAAUAAAAAUAAAAAUGGUUUUAUCAAAUUUCAACAUGAGCUAAUUCAACUGUUAAGCUUUCCACCUACACAAAGGGCUAAGUCAGUCAUGUCCUAUUUUCCAUUUCCCUAGUCUAUAAAGAAAGCUUCCUGUCUGUGAAGGUGCUAAUCUUUCUCCAUUCCUGUGCAUCCCACAUAGUUCUCAGCCUACAGCUUCCUUUCAUCGCACAAAUGUGCAAGAGUACUGUAAAAUAUAGUGAGCUGUAUGGCUAGGUCAGUUUAGUCAACCUGACCACCAUUCAUUCUUCAUUUUCAUGAUUCUGACAGGAAUACCUAGAGGAAGGGGUUGGAAAGUAGAGAGCCCCAAGUACUAAUUUCAAACUACAUUGUGAAUAACAAAACCACAGUGGAUUUAUUCUUAUGAAAAGCAACCUCUGCAGGAUAGAAUUUUGAGCACGGAAGGGGAGGUGAAUGGUACUUGGCUCUUUCUGUAUCAGCUGAUAUUCCCCUGAUGUACGGUUGGGCAUAAACAUUUUAAUAAAUACUUCCCUGCUCACCAGUCUUCCUGCUUUUCCUCCAAAGUGGUGAUGGUAUUAGAAGGCCAAAUAAUGAUUUGAAGCACCUUCCCAGGAAAACUGUUGGAUGUUUUGAGUGAACCUAUUGGGGUCAGAGGUUGGUAUGGGAUCAGCUUCAUUACAUAUAUUUGUACCUUACACUUUGGUCAGCAGGAAGGGGGAUCACAAGAUUGUCUGUCAAAGCUGUACCUGCCCUUUCCUGCCUCUCAGAUUCUAGAGAGUCUGUUUGUUUCUGAGCUGGUAUAGUUCUCCCACAAUAUCUUAGUCACUUCUUCACUCACCAGAAAGGAGACUUAAUCUGAAACAUCUCUCAUAAGAAAAUGAAACUUUAACACAACACACUAUAAUUAUUUGGUUCAGUAUAAUGGGUUGACGUCUGGUUUAGAUAUUCAAGGCAAUUAGAUUAAUGAAAUCAUAGAAUCAGAAUAAUAGAGUUGGAAGAGACCACAAGGGCCAUCCAGUCCAACCCCCUGCCAUGCAGGAAAUCCAAAUCAAAGCAUCCCCAACAGAUGUCCAUCCAGCCUCUGUUUAAAGACCUCCAAGGAGGGAGAUUUCACUACACUCCGAGGAAUAUCUGGGCAUUAGGCACGACGAUGAAUUUAAACUAAGUUUAGAGGCUUUUUCCUCUGAAUACUGGGGAUGAGAGGUAAUAGUAAGAGAAGGCUGUUGUUUUAAUACUCAGUUCAUGGGUUUCUCAGUAGUAUCUAAUUGCCCUAGAUAUUUAAUAAUGUGUUCCAGCAAAGCUCUUGUUCUGAAAUGGAUCAGGAAGAAGGCUUAAUUUUGGAAGAUGCUUUCUGGUACAAUAAGAUCUUUCCUCUUUGCCUAUCAUCAUAGGAACUCUUCAUGCAUGCACAGCUUCCCACCUGAAAGAGGCAGACAAUUCUAAAGCCUGAAAAGUUUAUUUUUCUGGACCACCCACAUGGCCAAUUGUCCAUACAGGCUUGACGAUUCUGGAAAUGGUAGUACAAAAAAAUAACUUCUGUCCAAUUCACAGUGUGAGAUCUUUGCCACCUCAGAAAUGAAUGUCUGGAAGUGUACACACUUGACAUCUUUUCCAAAUAUGAAGGUGACAUAUAAUGGAAUCAUAGUAUUGCAUGUGUUCAUCUUCCCUGACCCUGCUAUAUUUCUAAUCAAAUUGGUCUUGGAGAGCUAUAAAGUGUUAAAAGAUAAGACAAACGAGUGUGAAAUACUGUAAAUGGAUGACUGUGUUCACCCAUGAUGAGAAACCAUAGUUUUAAGUGCUAUAUACAUGAGCAGCAACAAGCCUCAGGCAGAAUGUGUGGUAAAGCAAUCACUUCUUGUUGAUUAAGGGACUGGGUGGCUUGAUGGACCAAUAUUUCCCUGCUGAUUUUUGGAGUUGGAAAUUGCACAAGGUUUUGCCCUCUUUCUCGCUACACAUCAGCAUUAUGCCCUGUUAUUUAGCAUAAGUCCAAUAUAGCCCUUGCAAGGAGAAUGUGCCCCAGGCUUUCUGCCUCCUGCUGGUACUUCUUGGCGCUCUCACAGCUGCUGUCUGAAUUUCACAGGGAAACCACCCCCUCUGUUUUAACCAAUGGGAACCAAGUGACAACAGGUGCUCCCAGUUUAUCAUGGUGCCCCUGUAUAUCUUGGCAGUGGGUGAACUCCAAUUACAGCCAUCUCCAUUCCCUAAAAGAAUAUAGGCAAGGAGUUGUAUCAUUUGCUGAACAGAAGGAAUUCUAUAGUUUCAAGUGGCAGCAGAGUCAUGUUACAUUUCUCCAACGUAAUUUACUGGUCCCUGUAAUCUCAGCUCUUCAUAUGUUGAAUUUUUACUUCACAUGCACUUUUUUGGGCUUGCUGUUUUACUUACCCAGUUUUAAUGUAUCACUUUCUUGUCUCCAAAUCCUGCUGAACUGGUGCUGAAACAACAGUUUCCCAUGUUUUGCCAUCUUCACCCCUUUGUUAUUCCAGUGCCCCUUUUCUCUGUAACUUUUGCUGUUCUUUUCUUCUGCCUUUUGGGCCUGUUGUUCAUUCUUGAACAUUUUCUUCCAUGUCCACAUCAUAUGCCUUCCACCAUUCUUUCUUGAUCUCCAGCCAAAGUUCUUGGUAUUACAUGUAUGAUUCUAGAUAAUGGCCACAUGCUGCUGGUGUGUCCUUUCAUUUUCUACUAAUAGCAUAAUCUCCUGCCUUUUCCUCUUCCUGCCCUCAUGAAGAUCUCUGUGUAAUCCACUUCCUAUUGGGCUUAUCUGUUUCCAUGUCACAUUACUUGCUUUGGCUUGUUGUCAUUUCCACUUUCAGCACUUUGUGGCUACCUUGGUUACUUUGCAUACUCGGAGAGUACAUUGUGCUUCCCCAUCUCCUUUAAACAUUUCUUUAUGUCUUCCUUGAACCUAAUUACUACUUCUGUCCUCUGCUAAACUCUGAGCAUUGCACAUGGUUUCUUUGCCACCUGUUCCAACUGGUUUUCUCACUUUCAUCAGAAACUGUCUUUGUGCUUCCUCGUCUUCCUGUUAUGAUUCUAGGAUCUCCAAUGCAAUCCAGUGAUGCUCUCCAAUCCAAUCACAUGGCAUCAUGAGCACUAAUCCAUGCUUUCAUUGUCUCUUUCCGCUGCUUUUCUAUUUAUGUAUUUUUACUCUGAAAAUAGCCCCACUCUUUUCUCAUAUAUCCCCACAUUUCUCCUUUGCUUUUGGGGGUUUGACUUUCUUCUUGAGUCACUCAUCUUCAUGGCUCCUCACAUCUGUAUUUCUUUUAUCUUUUUUCAUGCCCAGGUUAAUUGUGUGUUUAUUCUCCUUCAUCUCAUGGCUUCCCAUCAUCUCCACUGUCUCCUUACUUCCUCAUGUGGCACCUUCUUCCAUGCAUUUGGAGGUGUUUCUUCAUUAUCUGGUCUUUGUUUUCCCCUGUGCUUUCCCAUUGACCUGGCUUUAUCCUUACUGACAUUAUUCUAUAUUGCUCCCCAGAUUUCUUUCAGCCCAUACUAAUUGCCUUGUUCAGAUCCUGAGCAUUCCUCGUUUGCUUUGUCAUUCUGUUACUGUUCUUCUGAUGCUUCUUCAGUUUCAUGGAUAGUGAACACAUACAGAGGAACUUCUACUGUAACUUGGUGUGUAGUCUUACACACAUGCAUGCACACCACCAUCUGUUUGUCCUCUUUUUGGAUCAGAUUAUACACUUUCCUGUUAUUACAUGGAUACUGCUGUCUCUCUGGGGUGAGCUUGUAACGGCAUCAUAUACUGUACGUUUUCCCAAGUAAUUUCAAAGAGACUUCUUAUCAAUACCACAUGCUAUUCUCUUCCACAUACAUCAUUAUUACCUAUCUUUCCUCAAAUUCUGGCCCCAAACUAUGGUCAAAGUAAUAUAUAUAGUACACUAAUGUCAUUUCACAGUAAGGUUGUUUGACAUUCAUCCAUAUUAGUCACUGCUGUGCAGUCAUGUGAGGGGGGAGCAUUUAUUAUGCAUUUCCGAUGUACAAAGGAAUAUGUUAUGCUUUUCACCACUGUCAAGGGUCCAUUGUCUAUAUUCUCCAUGUAGGAGGCAAUCAGACACCCACAUCUCCCUGAACAGCCCCAUUCUCAUAAUCAGUGUUAGCAGAUAAGGCUGAACGUUGAAAACAAAACUGGAAUGUAUCUGCAUAAAAGAGUACAAUAUGUGUGCCCCCAUCAAGUGUGAAGAGUGUGUGUGUACAUGUAAAAUUUGCUAUGAACAUGAUUGCACAUACACUCAAGCUGAUGUAGUCCAUGUUGCUAUUUCAUCACCCUUUUUUUUUAAAGAGGAGAUCAGAGACAUUUAAUUAUACAGUUCUGGAAACAGUGGGGAUGUCUCUGCUGUAAGAAAAGACUGCGAUGGUCCUAAUACUUUUUUUUUUUUUAAGACAGCAUCUUCUUUCAUAGAAUCAUAGAAUUGGAAGAGACCACAAACAGAGUAAGACACAGUGUUUUGAUGGCUCUUACAUCAGAACAUUUUAUACUGAAUAAUAUUCCUGAAUUCUGUAUAGACGUUUGAAUUACUCCCUCAAGUGAUUGCACAUUCUCCUAGUUUUCCAUUGACAAUCUGAGAACACAGCAGUCCUGUGCCCAGUCAAUGCCUUCCCAAGCCAAGAGGUUUGUAAAUAUUCACUGUGGAUUGGAGCAUCUCUUACCAUUGUAACGGCAAGGGGAUUUGUGGGAGGGGCUAUCCCCCCAUCUUUUAUUUGAAAUGUUUUGUCUGCUCAAUUACUUUGAAAUAAUUUCCUCUGGUAAAAGACAAAUGGAAUUAAUCAUAGAAGUCACACAAUGCCCCCAGGCUGGAUUUGUUUUUGUUUUUUUAACUCCAAAUUCUGAAACACUUGUAUAUUGUCUUUGGGCUUUUUACACUGAAUUGUUGUAGAAAAUGAGAAUCUAAAUCUGUUGAAAGAGUCAUUUAAAAAAAUUAUUAAAAAAUUUGCCUCCAUGUUGUCAUCUUACUGAAGUUACCAUCACACAGUUGCCUUGAACCUCUGGUCUGACAACUAUUGCCCUCCUUCAUUAUUCACUCCUCUUUUUACCACAUGGGAAGGGUUUAGAUUUUGUUUUGCAAAAUUAUUCAAAUGUCAUAGUUAUGAUCCAUUGGGGAAGAAGACACAAGGUCAUACAGAACCAAGUUCACCUACAUGAAUGCUUUUCAAAAAAAAUAUAUUUUAAUUGAUUUAAUAUUGUUUGGUGUCUUAAUCAUUUAGAAUGACAACAUAUGCCUUUUAAAAAUAUGUGUUCAGAAAGUAGGAGCUGCAACAUACUAAUGAUUUCUGAUGUACAAAGCAGUGGUCUUUGUAUUUUGGCCCCAGAGAAUCAAAGUAGAUGAGGCUAUGAUGAGAGAAAGUGUGCUUCAUCAGUAUUUGCAAAGAAUUAUAGAUGUGGAAAUAUGAGGUUCUGCUGCAGUAGGAAACAAACUAUUAUAAUUACUGUACAUGUUACUUUCAGAUUUAAGAAAUGUCACAUUGUGACCCCCCCACACACCCCAUUUCCUCCAAACAGGGUUUGUAGACACUUUCUUUUAUUGUCAGU